AUGGUUUUCAAGYGGGCCGACAAGCUCAAUGUUCCCUCCAAGGACUUGAUCUCAUGGUACUUUGACGAUGCCAAUGUUCCAAGCGACAAACCAAUCUAUAUCGAUGCGAUACACCCCAAACGAUGCUAUACACACGCUCAGGCGAGGAGCACCAUUCGGAAGCUUGUAGCUGGAUUUCGAAAGAUUGGAUUGAAGAAGGGGGAUGUUGUCUGCAUACACAGCUUCAGCGAUAUAAAUUAUCCCAUAUUGGUCAACGGGAUCGUAGGGUUUGGGGGCAUCUAUGCUGGCACAAACCCUUCGUAUCAGCCAUAUGAGCUUAAUCACGCUAUCAAGGCUGCGAGCGUGAAAUUCCUAGUUGUGGAGCCAGAGAUCUUGAAGCAUGCCUUGAAAGCAGCAGAUGGUGCAGGUAUCCCGCGCGAAAACAUUCUCAUUUUCAACCAUCGCGAAGAUCAGCAGGUCCCUGACGGCUUCAAGUCUUGGACCUCGCUUUUGGAGCACGGAGAGCAAGACUGGGAACGAUUCGACAACGUGGAGACUUCGAAAAACACGACGGCAGCGAGACUGUUCUCCAGUGGGACGACCGGUCUACCGAAAGCGGCAAUGCUUAGCCAUUACAACUUAAUAGCUCAACACGUUCAGGUCAGCGAGUGGAGACCGAAGCCCUACGAGCCCAGGAAGAUCUCGGCCACGCCAAUGUUUCACGUUGCUACUGCUCCCACCUGUCAUUUCUCGCCACUAAAGGAUGGCGUUGGUACUUACGUGCUUCGACGCUUUGAGCUCGAACCAUUCCUCAAAGCCAUUGAGCAACAUCAGAUAACUGAUCUACCCACUGUACCACCAAUGGUUCUUGCAAUCAUCCAGUCAGAUCUCAAGGACAAAUACAGCUUGGCUUCCGUCAAAUUUGGGACCUGCGGAGCAGCUCCGUUAGACAAAGCUCAACAAGCACGAUUCCAAGCACUACUUGCAAAAGAUGCAGUGUAUACGCAGGUGUGGGGAAUGACCGAGACCACAUGUAUCUGCACAAACUUCCCAUAUCCCGAGGAAGACACAACCGGCAGCGUCGGACGUCCCGUGCCAGGUGUAGAGCUCAAGUUGGUCGAUACUGUCGACCCAAACAAGGAUAUCACAGGCUACGGUGUACGAGGAGAGGUCUGCAUCCGCGGCGACACUGUUAUCCGAGGAUAUCUAGACGAAAAAGCAACGGCAGACAGCUGGGACAAGGACGGCUAUUUUCACACGGGGGAUAUCGCUUACUGCGAUAAAGAGACCGGGAAGUGGUAUAUUGUCGACCGUAAGAAAGAGCUCAUCAAGGUCCGCGGAUUCCAGGUAGCUCCGCCUGAGCUAGAGUCAGUGUUACUUGAGCACCCAGCCAUCUACGAUGCAGCAGUUAUUGGAGUCAAGAAACACGGAAGUGACGAUGAGUAUCCACGGGCCUACAUUGUCAAGAGACAGAACGAAGCGGCGAAGAAGCUGGACGAGAAGUCGGUCUUUGACUUCAUGGGCGAGAAGCUGGCCAAAUUCAAGCGUCCUGAGGGAGGCGUGGUGUUCAUCGACGAGAUUCCCAAGAAUCCUUCAGGAAAGAUCCUGAAGAAGGUGCUGCGUGAGAUGGCGRCGAAAGAGAUGAAGGCGGCUAAGUUGUGA